UGGGCUGGAGCUGAACGGACAGCUGUCAAACUAACACGGACUCUACAAACACUCUCUCUGGGGCUGACUUAACCCUGCGCACGGCCUGAGCAGAGCCCGGGAAAGCCAGCCCGAGAGAUCGAUUCAGCGGCAAGGGUGAAUUUUCUGAACGCACAAAUCAGACUAUUGGUGGUGAGCAUCUCAGGACUUGUAGACGCUGUUGUUCUUUCUCGUAUUUAAAAUAGUUAUAGAAACAAUAUUCCAUGGACUGAUUUUGAUGUUUCCCAAGUAGUCUCACAAGCUACCAUGAAGGGAUAUUGUACUUGUAUAAAGAAAAAUUCAAAUGAAGAAAUACAUGAAAAGAAUUAACCUAAUCUUACAAUUGUGAUUUAACCAUGUGCAUCUUCCUAUAAAACACAUCUACUGAAAUAAUAAUGUGUUACUCUAUUUCUUAUUUUAUAUCAUCUGUCUUCUAAUCACUGUUGAUCCAGCUAUUGUUGAAUACGUAAUGCAGAGUCAUAUUUCCAUGUGUUAGGCUAUAUGAAAUAUGUAUGCAUAGUUAUACCCUGUAACCUAAUAGGGCUCUCAUUGGGCCACUAAUAUUCUAUUAGAACCACCUCUGUUAUAGUUCAGAACUGAUUUGGUUGUUUGUAACUUUGCUAGCUCAGUCGUCGGAUCUCCAGGGAGUUUUUUGAACUAAAGUCGUUUUCUAUUGGCUAGACACUGAUCAGCUGGUUAUAUUUGCUGCUGUCGCUUUGGCGCUCGGCCAUCCUGAAACAAACCACCUCGAUGACUACUAAUAGCUAAACCACAUUGUGUACUAAUACAUAACAAAUCAUAUUACUACAGAGUGUGGAGCAAAUGAGUUCGUAUUUUGUGAACCCUACUUUCCCUGUUUCACUGCCCAGUGGCCAGGACUCAUUCCUCGGACAGAUCCCACUCUAUACAACGGGCUAUGAUGCUCUAAGGCACUUUCCAGCUUCCUAUGGGGCAACCACCCUCCAGGACAAGAGUUACUCGUCACCUUGUUAUUAUCAACAAUCUAAUUCAGUAAUAGCUUGCAAUCGAGCGUCGUAUGACUAUGGAGCUUCUUGUUUCUAUCCUGAAAAGGAUCUAGCCAGUAUUUCGCCAUCCGGUAGUGGAAAGCAUAGACCCCAGGAUGACUUCUUUUCCUCAGACCAACAUUACAAAACAGAUUGUGCGCAAAACAAAAUUUUAAGUGAAGAAGGAAACGACCGGAAGUACAGUACUCCAAUUUAUCCUUGGAUGCAACGAAUGAAUUCAAGUUCUAGUUCUGUAUUUGGGCCUCAUGGGCGUCGAGGGCGACAGACCUAUACACGAUUCCAAACUCUUGAGCUGGAGAAAGAAUUUCACUUUAACAGAUAUUUAACGAGACGCCGCCGGAUAGAGAUUGCCAACGCACUGUGCCUCACAGAACGUCAGAUAAAGAUCUGGUUUCAGAAUAGGAGAAUGAAAUGGAAAAAGGAAAACAAACUUCUAAGCACAACAGAAUCCAACAGCGAAGAAGCAGAAGAUAAAACAGGGGAGUAAGAGCGCAAAUUGAAAGGAAGUUAUCCUGGGCCUUUCUGUUUGGUAGUGAGUUAUUACAUGCUCAUUCUGCUAAACAGUUCAGAAAAAAAAAUCGUAUAUCUGUUUGUUUUCGUUGUUCCUCCCCUUGAGCUUGUGUCUAUGUAUAAUUGGUAGAGGAAGUGUUCAAAUAAUUCGCAUUCCAUAGGAUACAAUAAUUAUACGGUGUAGGAUUAAUUGUUUUAUAAAUGCGAAGUGUGAAUGUUUCUGCUUCUCUAGUCGUUACUAUGUGAUGGGUUGCUCCACAGAUAAUGAUCCAGUUGUUUCAAUGGAUAGUUUGCUCCGUAGAUAUAAUUUGACAGUCUUAAAAUAAAUGAAUGUUGUAGAUAUGCCCAUUUGCUAAUGAUACAUAUUGCAUUGUAUAUGUCCAUAAUUUGCUUCCAUGUUCUGUUAUAUUUGGCCAAUUAAGAGGGCACAGUAUUCAGUUAGGUCGAGCCAUUCUUUCCCCAACAAAGAAAACAAUUAUAUAUGCUUUUAUCUUGACAUUGGUAGGAUAAACCAAGCUAGGUUGGUAACGCUUUCGCUUUAAAUUGAAGAUUUGAAGAUAAAAUGUCUUAAAUAUAUAUUAAGAUAUACAUUAAUAUAUAAGGAAAAUAAGGUGCCCGAUUUUUGAGCUUAGCCUUUAACAUAAGCUGCCGAAAACUUUUGUAUUAAAUAAGCUGUGAAAGGAAACUUAGCACUGUGAAAUUGAUCGGUUGAUGUCCUUGUUUCAGGUUAAAAAAAUGGACUGUAUACGUGGUAGGAAUGACUAUCUGGUUUCUGGGUCCAUUAAAAAGGGCAGUUUUCACUAAAUGCACAAGUAAAGACGUAGCUAGAGCCGCGAUUAAAUUAUAAAACAUUCUUCAUAAUAUUUAUUACAGAGAACCUAGACAUAGUAUCAGACACAAAGCUUAUGUUUUGAUUAGGCAGAUCUAUUUGUAGAGUGCGCUGCCUUUUGUUAGAUAAUAUACAGCAUUUGCUAAUCGAACCAACACAGAAUGCUGCUAAAAAACAUUAAUUCCACCUAAAUUGGACACAAAACAACGUUUAUUUACCAGUUGAAAAGGGGUUCUGGUUUAGGAUGCAUUAAGUAAUAAAGUAAACUGGAAAGAUUUAAACGCAUUUUCAGCAUACGUGACAUGCGUUUUAAGAAAACGAAGGUUGGUUUGAGAAUUUAAGUGCGGGGUGGCUUCGAUAUUUCCGCAGAUGCACGAAGAACUCUAAGAUUAUGAGCCAUGCAGACAAAAUAAAAAAAA